AUGUCGAUAAAGCAAGCCCGCGCGAGGAAGGUGGCUUCCCAAGCCCUUCCUCAGUUCUCCCUUGGUCCAAACCACAUCAAGUCCAACGCCCUCCACGAUAUCGAGUUUGUCAUCAAGUACACCCAUGGAUUAGGCGAUCCUGAGGCCGAAUCACAACUCAUUGGAGAUAAGACAGGGCUUCAGGGUGUUUUCAAUCAUUCGGUGGGGUUUAUGACUCAGCUAAAGGUUGUUGGGGAGCUAAAGACCCCUUGGGUAUACGAAUAUGAGGCGAGGAAGGCAUAUGAGGAAGAAGCCAUGCCUCGCCAUUUGCAUGCCCAGCCGAUCAAAUACAUGAGGGAUCUGAAUUGCAUGUAUGGCUUCAUGAGCGACUACUGUCGGACGAUAUUCCUUGGGCAGGAGUUUCUUACAGGCAGAUGGGUUGUCGAUUACUCUCUAGUCAUUUAG